GGCAGGCCUUGCCAACGAAGGCAUCACCACCAUUUGCCAGUCCCUCCCUUGGCAAACUUGUCCCUACUCCUUAUCACAGUAACCAUUUUUCUGAGAAGGAUAUUUUCAUCUGUAUUGUUAGUCUGACCUCUCUUAACUGUCAACUCUUACAUGUCCCACCAGCAGCUCAAAGAGUGCUCUCCCUACAACAAACCUCUCUUUUAAACCCACUCCUGUUCCUGCUAACUCCCUCCUCGACCUCCAUGCCAAAUUCCUUCUCCUUUUCUUCUCCUGGCUUCUUAUUCUCUCCCUGCAGUCAGAUUUGAUAACUUCUGUCUUUGCUUACAGCGUCACCAAACUCUGGGACUUUUCUCAUCUUGCUCACAGUAAAAUCUCCUGUCCACACCUCUUCACAUCCUCCACCUUCAGUAGCACAAAUUGCUCUCCCCUAACUUCCUAUCCAAAAUGCCACUGCUAUAGAAAUCCCAUUGCCCUCCCUGCACCAGUCCACUCUUCCUGUCUUAUUUUUAUGCCUACUCUGACUGUAAUAUCUUGAAGUCUUGUCCUGACUUUCUAGACCUUACAUAAAGAUGACUCUUUUCCAUCUGUACAUUCCUUACUGCUCUCAGGAGGCUCCCUCUGACCCUCUUCACACUACCUGAUGCAGCAUCUAUGCUGUGGGUUGUGGGACUGUAGCAUCUACCUGCCUCAGUAGCCCUCUGCCUUUAUGCAGAAGAUGCCUUCCUCUGGCUCAAGAUUUCCAUUAUGUUCCUCCAGCCCAUUCCUGGCUCUGCAACCAGUAGCUAGGCCACCCUGCUAUUGGGUGGGAGCUGGGACUGUGCUGCCGGGCACUGUGUUGCCCUACCACAUACUGCAGCAGCUCCCCAGGUGGCAGGCUGUCGGGCUCGUGAUGUUUUUCACUUUCUCAAAUACACACUCACUUGCUGUUGCUGUCUUGUGCUCUCUUCCACAGAAUUACAGAAUGGUAGGGGUUGGAAGACACCUCUGGACACCUAGUCCAAUCCCCUGCUAAAGCAGGAUUACCUAGAGCAGGUUGCACAGGAUCAUGUCCAGAUGGGUUUUGAAUAUCUCCAGAGAAGGAGACUCCACAACCUCUCUGGGCAGCCUGUCCCAGUGCUCGGUCACCCUCAGAGUGACAAAGUUUUUCCUCACGUUCAGAUGGAACUGCCUGCGUUCCAGUUCAUGCCCGUUGCCCCUUGUCCUGUCACUGGGCACCACUGAAAAGAGUCUGGCCCGUUCCUCUUGACACCCACCCUUUAGAUAUUUAUAAGUAUUGAUCAGAUCCCCUCUCAGUCUUCUCUUCUCCAGGCUAAACAGACCCAGCUCUCUCAGCCUUUCCUCAUACGAGAGAUGCUCCAAUCCCCUCAUCAUCCUCAUAGCCUUCUGCUGGACUCUCUCCAGUAGUUCCCUGUCUUUCUUGACCUGGGGAGCCCAGAACUGGACACAGAACUCCAGAUGUGGCCUCACCAGGGCAGAGUAGAGGGGGAGGAUAACCUCCCUCGACCUGCUGGCCACGGUCUUCUUAAUGCACCCCAGGAUACCACUGCCCUUCCUCCUUGAAAUACACUCCCACCACAACAGCUUGUCUCACAAGCACCUUCCCUUGACCCAGAUAUUAUAGAUGAUGUUUCAUUUUUUAUUACUGUAACAGCAGUUUAGAAUCAGUCUCGCUUGUUGAUGUUCAUGUGAAUAUUAACAGAUCAGCAAAACUGAUCUUGAAACCUCCUAAAACUAUUUUCUCAUGAACAUUCAGGUCUUUCUUGUUUUCAUCCAGCCAGAGCUGAUAUGAAAUAAUAACCUGAAUACAGAAAGGAGGAUUUGUAGUUGACUAAUAUUCUGACAUACCAAGGCAAAACAGAAGAACUUUGGGAAUAAGCUGUAGGUGGCCAGCACAAUGGGUAUGAGGCAAUCAGGUUUGCUUUUGCUUGUCUCCUAGUCUUGAGAAAGAGGGGUAAGAGCAGAAACAGAAAAAAAUGACUGUCACAUGUAGGUUCCACGUAUUUUUACAUGGGGCCACACAGGGCUGGUUAGACCAGCAAUACUAAAGACAGCGCGGAGAAAGUGAGUGUCAUGCAACUCUGUAUGCAGACAACUCCUAAGCAAGCCUGAAUAAGAAAAAAAAGAGAACUCGCAGUCAUUUAUAUUGGUGCUAGAAAGGCCAGUAACAAAUGAGAGGAACAGAAAGUUACGUGACUUGUGAAGGAAUUUGAUGUAACUGAUGCCACGGAAACCUGGUGAGAUGACUUUGCCAAUUACUGUAAUAAAACCAUUGAUUAGAAAGGGCAGAGUUGGGGUGGUUCUCUAUAUCGUCACUAUCAGCUUGUGAGUUGCUAAGUCAGAUUUACAAGAUGUUCAGCAGAAGAGGAAGAAUAUCUGCAGAAUGAUCUGCUAUAGAGCAUCAAAUAAAGUCAGAAAGUCAAAAAGCAGGAUGACUUGUUCCUUAAAUACAUUCAUUAAACUCUCAUCCCAUUUGUAGAAUGAAAAGUUCUGGAUCCAUGGAGGACUUCAGCAAAGGAGACAUAUGCUAGAGAUGUAUGCAGCCAAUAGAAGAAUAGCAUUUAGGUGAUACAGGUGAAUUCUCUAACGCAGCAGGUACCACACCCAAGGCGAGAUCAUUCAUUGCGACGUACCAUGGUGAACUAAUUGCUGGGUAGAAAGUUUGUUGCUCUCUGAAGACCAGCCAUCAUGAUUGUGACCUGGUUACUUGUGGCACUGGCUGACCUAAAGACGCAGCAUUAAAAAGGAAACACCAGCUGGAAGAAGAAUAAUGGAAAAUUAUACAAAUACCUCCGCUUGCACAGGAAUUCCCUACAAAGACAGCAAGAUACUUCUGAUUGCUGUUUACAUCAUCGUUUUUGCCAUAGGCGUUCCAGCAAAUUGCUUAACUUCCCUGCUUACGUUUUUACAAAUCCAAAGGCAUAAAGUAAUUGCCAUCUACAUUUUCAGUUUAUCAUUGUGUGAGCUGAUGUAUUUAAGUACCUUGCCUCUCUGGAUUAUCUACGUGCAAAAUGAUCACCACUGGAAUAUGGGUAUACUGGCUUGCAGAAUAACAGGAUUCAUCUUUUUCUGCAACAUAUACAUCAGCAUUCUGCUUUUGUGCUGCAUUUCUGUGGAUCGUUAUGUGGCGCUGGUGUAUGCUCUGGAGUCAAGGGGGAGAAGAGGACAGAAAAACGCAAUCAGAAUAGUGUGUUUUCUCUUUGCUGUGGUUGCGAUAAUCCACACUCCAGUAUUUUACAUGGAAGGUGAUAAAAAUCCUAACGAAGAAGAUACACGUAUAAAUAACAUGACCUGCUUUGAGACUUUGCCCCUUACCAUAGAACUGGCUUCUUUCAGCUUUGCCAGAUUCCUGUUUGGAUUUGCCAUACCUUUCAUAAUCCUCAUUUUCACAAACUACAAAAUUUUCCAAAGUACAAAAACAAGCACCAGCUUGACUUAUCACCAGAAAGCCAAAGUGAAGUAUCUGGCUAUCGCCAUUAUUGUCAUUUUCCUGAUCUGCUUUUCUCCCUAUCAUGUGGUACUCCUAAUAAGAUCUAUAUACUUCAUGUUUCACCAAAAUUGCCCAUGUCCAUUUGAAAGAGAUAUAUAUUCGGUUUUUACAGUGUUUUUGUGUUUAGCCACUGCAAACAGCGUUGCUGAUCCAAUCAUCUAUGUGCUGGUUAGUGAAAACGUCAGAAAAGAUUUUUAUAGGAGUCUCAGAAAAUGGAGGUGGAACUCAUCCAAGCUGAAUUCAUCCAUUAAUCAUAAGACUGACAUCACAGAAUUGAAAAUUCUGUCAAAAGAAUUACAGGAAGGAGGGCUAAGAAAAGAAAACAAAGAAAUACCAGAUUCAUCUGGCAUUCAAAAGAACUGUAAUAGUGGCAAAGACCAAGAAGGUGGUAGCUAGCGGUUAGCUGCUGACACAAAUAAGAUGUUCCCGAAACCAGCUGCCAGCUGCAGACUGCAGCACACGAGUAUUUACCUGCUGACGUCCAUAGGAAAUUUUGUCAUAGUGUAUAGGCCAGGAACUCCUUGAAGACACUACAGGAGUGACACUUCUUAUUUCUGUUUGUCUCCUACAAUAAAGUUUGCCCACCAAUAUCAUUGGUGAAAAUAUUGCUUUGCUCAGGACAUGUGGAAUAGACUAAGUCAUUUACUUUGACUCAAACUGAAAUCUUAAAAGCUUGGUUUUUGGACUGGCUCUUUUUCUCAUGUGAAUUCAGAAUCAGUUUUAUCUUCUGAGAGGGACAAAAAAAAAAUCCCUGCUGAGGAGAGCAAUGUAGGGCCCAUUCUUAUGGCUGAAAUUUUUACUUCUUGAGGAGGUACAUGUUCAGAUUCUCAUACACAUACUCUGUUGAUAACGUUUGCAGUUAACCAGUGGAAAAUAUUAAAAA